AUGAACGCCAGUAAAGCUUUACCUUUAUUCUCUAGAACGAUCUCUAGAAGAUCUUUUUACUUAUUCUCUGCUGCAACUAUUGCAGGUGCAGCCGCUGUAACUACAGCCGCUGCAUUUGAUAAUAAGAAGCAAUACAAUUAUAAUAAUCGUAAUAAUAAUAACAAUAGUAAUGGUUGGGGGAAAUUCGGUACUUCUAUUGCUGCUGCUGCUCCAAUUGUUCAUAUUGCUGCUAUUAAUAAAGAUAGAACAAUUGAUGAUUAUCAACGUAUUUAUAAUAAGAUUGCAGAAAAGAUUAGAGAAGAUGAUGAAUAUGAUGGGUAUAUUGGUUAUGGACCUGUCUUGGUUCGUUUAGGCUGGCAUUCAUCUGGUACUUAUAAUAAAGAAAAUAAUUCAGGUGGUUCAUAUGGUGGUACUUAUCGUUUUAAAUUAGAAAAUUCUGAUCCAUCAAAUAAUGGUUUGCAAAAUGCUGCCCAAUUUUUAGAUCCAAUUUAUAAAGAAUUUAAUUGGAUUUCUCAUGGUGAUUUAUACACUUUAGGUGCAGUUUGCGCAAUUCAAGAAGCUCAAGGUCCAAAAAUUAAAUGGAGACCAGGUAGAGUCGAUUUACCUGAGAGUGCAACACCAGAAAAUGGUAGAUUACCUGAUGCAGUUAACGGUGCAGAUUAUGUUAGAAAAUUUUAUGCAAGAUUAAGAAUGAAUGAUAGAGAAGCUGUUGCAUUAACUGGUGCUCAUUGUCUUGGUAGAACUCAUUUAAAAAAUUCUGGAUUUGAUGGUCCUUGGGGUGCCGCAAGUAGUAGUUUCACUAAUGAAUUCUUCAUUAAUUUAUUAAAUGAACAAUGGAAACUUCAAAAAAAUGCUGCUGGGAAUAAGCAAUAUGAUUCACCAAAGGGUUAUAUGAUGUUAGAGACAGAUUAUGCUUUAAUUCAAGAUCCAAUUUAUUUAAAAAUUGUUAAAGAAUACGCUAAUAACGAAGCUUCAUUCUUUAAAGAUUUUGCAUCUUCUUUCCAAAAAUUAUUAGAAAACGGUAUUGAUUACCCUAAGGGAGCUCCAGAAUAUAUCUUUAAGACUCUGGAUGAUCAAGAUAUGUAA